AUGGAGGUGGUGCAGAGCAGGUCCAUCAAAGGAUCCAUCUGGUCUAAGAUUAAAGAGCCAAACACAGACCAAACCCUGGACUUCACUCCAGAGGUCAGAGCCCUGGUCCUGAGAUCUGCAGCGGGACAAGCCCCUCCCAGGAGAGGAAACACAGAGCCCAAACAGGCAUCCACUCUGAUAGGUGACGCCCACAGUGAAGAGAAGAAGGAGGAGGAGGAGAUGAAGAGGGGAGAGAGGGAGGAGGGAGGAGGGGGUCAGGACUGA